AUGGCAGCAGUUUUAAAAAGUCUUUUCAUUGAAGAUGAAAAUGAAGUGAAUUUUGAUUCUUUCAUCAAUUUUCCUAUUUCUUGCUUCAAGUUGAUUUUCUUCAGCUUUGUUCGUCCUGAAAGAAGUGCCAGUAUUCGUGAAAAACUUUUUUACAACAUACGCCUAACUUAUUUCAGAGUGCUUAUGGUUUUGUUUGUGUUGUGUUUAGCUUUAAUAAUCGCUUAUGCAGUUAUAGAAGCAGAGGACUUCGUAAAUGCUACAAUGGUCAUUCCUGAUGCUGCGACCACUAUUUUGAUAAUCAUGAAAUCUUUUAUUACUUACUGGCGCAGAGAUGAAAUUUGGGAGAUUUGUGAAGAAUUAGGAAUACUUUCUAAUGGACGAAGUGCAACUGAUAUCACUAAAUAUGGCAUUGCAAAUCACUUAAAAGAAUAUCUUCGAGGAAUGCGGAUCUUCACAGUAAUGUACGCUUCUGUAUUCGGUCCCUUUGUACUUCAGAUAAUUGCCUACCUUAUUUACGGUAAAAGAGAACUUAUGGUGAAGUACUGGUUUCCUUUUGAUGAAUAUGACCCGGGAAAUUAUCCUUUUGCUUUAUUAUUUUCGGCUGUCAUGAAUUGGAAUUACAUCACGUUCUUCGUUUCAACUGAUUCGAUGAUGUAUACUUUGAUGACGGUCUUAGCUAUGGAGUUUGACAUUUUGAGAAUUGAUUUUAUGAAUUUGGGAGCAAGUGAUGUGGUGGAAAUGAAAGAAAAGAUGAAAAAUCUGAUCAAACAUCAUUUGAGGCUACUAAAUUAUGCAGACAAACUGCAGGAAAUUUAUGGAGUUCUGCUUUUGUAUGACUUCGUCAUUGGUUCAAUGAUGAUUUGCGUACUUGCGUUUCAAUUUCUAAUUGCGAAAGGUCUUUUUACGAGCGUUUACAUUGCAUCAUACCUUAGUGUUAUUUUUUGUCGAAUAUUUUUUCUUUGCUACAAAGGGCAAAAAGUGGCGGACAAUAGCUCGGAAAUUGUCCAAGGAGUUUAUUUCAGCGGAUGGGAAAAUUUCACCGAUAUUAAAUUGAAUAAACAAAUGUUGUUGAUCAUGAUUAGAUCUCAACGACCGAAAUUCUUGACUGCUUUGGGCUUCGCUGAUGUCAGUCUUGAAAACUUUUCGAAAUGUAAGCUCACGCGCAUAAAAAAUUUAUUAAAUAAAUCUGCUGAUUAUUAUUAA